AUGUGCGCGGUGCCCCCUCCCCCGCCCUGGAUUCCGCUUUCCCUCGGCUCACGCCACAGCGGCCACCACCGGGCCCCGCACCGCCUCCGGAUCCCAUGGCCGGGACGCGCUGGGUGCUAGGGGCGUUGCUCCGGGGCUGCGGCUGCAACUGCAGCAGCUGCCAGCGCACCGGCGCCGCCUGCCUGCCCUUCUACUCGGCCGCCGGCACCUUCCCGUCGGGCGUCUCGGGCCGCCGCCGCCUGCUGCUGCUGCUCGGGGCCGCCGCGGCCGCUGCCUCGCAGACGCGCAGCCUGCAGCUCGGGCCCGCGGCCGCCGGGAGACUGGCGGGUCCCGUGCCCGCCCGACCCUCCGCCGCCGCGGCCGCCGCCGCUUCCUACUCGGCCCUGCGCGCCCCGCUGCUCCCGCCGUCGCUGGCGGCCGCCGCGGGCCCGGCGCGGGGUUACAGCCAGGAGUCCAAAACUACCUACCUGGAAGACCUCCCACCGCUACCUGAGUACGAACUGAGCCCAUCUAAGUUAGGCCAGGAGGUGGAUGAUGUCUAUCUCAUUCGAGCUCAGGGACUGCCUUGGUCCUGCACCGUGGAGGAUGUUCUUAACUUUUUCUCAGACUGCAGAAUCCGCAACAAUGAAAAUGGAGUCCAUUUCCUCUUAAAUAGAGAUGGGAAACGGAGGGGUGAUGCCUUAAUUGAGAUGGAGUCCGAACAGGACGUGCAGAAGGCCUUAGAAAAGCACCGGAUGUACAUGGGGCAGCGCUAUGUGGAAGUGUAUGAGAUAAACAAUGAAGAUGUGGAUGCCUUAAUGAAGAACCUGCAGGUCAAGUCUUCUCCUGUGGUAAAUGAUGGUGUGGUUCGCUUGAGAGGACUUCCUUAUAGCUGUAACGAGAAAGACAUUGUCGACUUCUUUGCAGGACUGAACAUAGUAGACAUUACUUUUGUGAUGGACUAUAGAGGAAGAAGAAAAACAGGGGAAGCCUAUGUACAGUUUGAAGAACCAGAAAUGGCCGGCCAAGCGCUUCUAAAGCAUAGGGAAGAGAUUGGGAACAGAUACAUAGAGAUAUUCCCAAGCAGAAGAAAUGAAGUUCGAACACAUGUUGGAGCUCAUAAGGGAAAGAAAGUGGUAUUGUCAUCUCCUUCUGCUAAAUAUAUAACUGAGCCAGAAGUAGUAUUUGAGGAACAUGAAGUAAAUGAAGAUAUUCAGCCUGUGACAGCUUUUGAAAGUGAUAAAGAGAUAGAACUGCCUAAGGAGACGUCAGAGAAACCUCCAGAGGCCGUCGACUUUGGGUCUGCACCUUCACUCCAUUUUGUCCACAUGCGGGGCUUGCCUUUCCAAGCGAACGCCCAAGACAUUAUAAAUUUCUUUGCUCCCUUGAAGCCUGUGAGGAUCACUAUGGAGUACAGCUCUAGUGGGAAGGCCACUGGAGAAGCUGACGUGCACUUUAAGACCCAUGAGGACGCCGUAGCAGCUAUGCUCAAGGACCGGUCCCAUGUUCAACAUAGGUAUAUUGAGCUGUUCCUAAAUUCAUGUCCUAAAGGAAAAUAAGAGUUCAACAGAACCCCAGAUGAUGAGGAUGAAGCAGGAAGCAUAUCCUUUGCACAUCUCUCUUGAACAUGGGAUACAAAGAUCCGGUUGAUUGACUGUGACCGCUAGAGAAAGGAUCUGGGCAUCUGACGACAGUGCUCUGAAGGAAAAUUCACAGUGGAGUGUUUAGAUCGAGAAAGAUUCAGUUUAGGAUUAUGAAAUAAGCUACAAAUUUAAAAUACCAUUUAAACAGUCCUAGGUCUGGUUGGAAAAGUCUGGUUUCUGUAACUUAGUUUCUGUCAUAGAGGAUAUACUGCAGUUGUAAGAUGUUUCCAUUCAGUGCUGCUCUUUAGAACCUUAUUCCUGCUUGUUUUUGCCUAUGACUGAAAGCUCUGAUAUAAAAUUUCUCAUGAAAUAAAAUAGUGAUGUAUUUAUACCAGACACUUACCAAAGCAAGGGAAGGUUUCAGAACUUUAAUAAGGCCGUGUGAUUUGGUCAAGUAGUGUUUAAUUUUGUCUGUAUUUGAUUGCCUAGGGGUAGAAAUUUUUUAAAAAAAAUACAAACUACAGGUUAUUGAGCAUAAGUGGUCACUUGGCAGUUUUGUCUUUAGAAACACUAGAAUCACUCUGCCUCCCUAAGCCUUGACCUAUAAAGGCUUUUAACGUUGGCACCUGUCUGUAUCAGAAGUUUAGGCUAAUUUAAAAUUUCACUGAGUCUCCCUUUCCUUUACCUUUUUUCUUUCUUUCCUUCUUUAUCUUUUUUUGUUUUGGUUUUGGACAAAUCAUAAGGUUGUUUGUUAGGUUUGAAAUCAUAAAGUGACAUCAAAGCAGUCCAGACUGUAAGGACAUUCAUAGCUUCACUUGAUUUAAACCAGGUCUAGUUGGAAAUAAAACAAUCCAACUCUCCUCAUUUGCUUUUCCAGUGGGGUAGCCACCUCAUAUUUUAGAACAAGUAGGGGUGCCUUGCUUAAAUAAAACUAGCAUUUAAUAUAUAAUUGUGUGAAGGGUUUAUGAAUAGAGCUGUAUUUCUGUCACAUUGUGGCAGUAUCUUCUGCUUUAAUACUAAAUAGCUUGUUAUUUAAAUAUUGGACAAAAUGGCUGGCUUCAAAAAUAGUCAUUAAUAAACUUAACUUUAUGUAUACCUGUGUAAAACAAUCAAAGUCCUGUAUAUUUUCUUUACCUUGUUUUUAGGGUGACAGCUGCCACCAACAGAUAUUGCUCAUAUUCUCUCUCUCUCUGUGUCUGUCUGUCUGUCUGUCUCUGUCUCUCUGUGUGUGUGUGUGAUGUUCUUGUUUGAGGAAUCUGGUCUAGGACCAGGUAAUCAAUUCCUAGUUUGCGGUUUCCAAAUCCUCUCUGAAGUUUUAUCACUGGUACUGCAGCUGCACUUGAAUCUACUGUUCCCACUGUAGUCGGACAUUUCUCCUGCCUGUCAGUUUACAAAUAACUACUCGGAGACUUAUUAUUAAUUGUAAAUGUUUGGCUGAUAGUUCAGGCUUAUUACUAAAUAGCUCUUACAUUUUAAGUUAACCCAUAUUCCGUAUUUAUGCUCUGCCACGUGGUACCUUUAUUAGCAUGGCAUGUUCAUCUCCUGCUCCUUCUGUAUCUGGCUGGUGACUCCUGACCCCACCCUUCUCCUUCCAACAUCCUUAGUUUGGUUGCCUCACCUGUACUUUCUGCCUGGCUACUGGCCAAUCAGCAUUUUAUUAAACCAAUACAAGUGACAAACCUUUACAGUGUACAAGAUGAUUAUUCCACAGCAUUUUCUCCUUUUU